AUGCUCGUCUCCGGAGGGAGGGACUGCAGCAUCAGGGUGUGGGAGCUGAGGACGAGGACCCAGCUCCUGCGCCCUCUCAACGACCACGAUGCCAUCGUCACCUGCGUUCGCUGGUCGCCGCAAGGAGACGCUGUCGCCUCCUGCUCCUACGACGGCACGGCGAGGCUGUGGGACCCCAAGACAUGGAAGGUCCUCAAGACCGGGAGCUCAGCCGCGAUCUUCAGGCAGCACACGGACUGUGUGAACGAGGUAGCAUGGAGCGGCGACGGGAAGCAGCUGGCAAGCGGCGGGGACGACGGCAUGGUGAACGUGUGGGGGAGGGAGACAAUGAAGGUGGUCAGGUCGUUCCAAGGGCAUGACGGGAGGAACGAUUGCAAGUGCAGCAGGCAGGAGGACGUGAACUUCAACUGGUGGUGCGACAGCUUCCGCAGGGAGCCCUCCUGCACCGUGCAGGGCCAUAGGGGGACAGUGAGGACAGUUGCCUUCUCCAACAACGGGAGCAUGAUCGCCAGUGGGAGUUGGGAUCAGAGCUUGAAGCUCUGGGACCUGGAAAGCGGCAAGCUGGUCUACACCUUCAUGGGGCACCUCGCAAGCGUCAACUCGCUCGCGUUCUCUCCUCGGGAGGGCCUACUGGCCACAGCCAGCGACGACAAGAUCGUCAAGAUCUGGGAGUUCAUGGGGGGCAAGGUGCUGCCCUCCUUCCAGCACGAGGGCCCAGUACACUGUGUGCGGUUCUCUGGGGACGGGGCAAGGAUCAUGACGGCCUGCGGCUCCUCCCUCUUCCAGAAGGAGAGGAACGAUAAUAUCAAGAUAUGGGACAUCGAAACUCGAGCUGAGAUCUUCACUUUCACGGGGCACACGGACGACGUCCUGGCGGUGGAAGCCGUGGCAGGGACCAACUUGAUCGCUAGCGGCUCCAAGGAUAAGAGCAUACGCUUGUGGGAUGUCACCUCAGGGCAGUGCGUCGCAGCGCUUCAAGGGCACAUGGAUACGGUCAACUCUCUGUCUGCCAAGAGCGAAUAG